AUGUGUCAUAGUUUUAACAUUUGUCAGAUCAGAGAGCACUGGGCAUGUCUAUGCGUGUUGAAAGGGCAUCACUUGAACAGGUCCAGAAAAGGUUUGAGGCACUUAAGAAAAGGAAGGAUCCAAGUGCCUUUACUGAAGAAGAUUUGGAUGAGAGAAUAAUGAAACAACAGCAAGAGGAGGAGGAACGGAAGCGGCAGCGCAAAGAAAAGAAGAAAGAGAAGAAAAGAGAACAGGCAACCCAACAUGAACCUGAGGACGUUGAUCCUGACAUCGCUGCCAUGAUGGGUUUUGGUGGGUUUGGUUCCUCGAAGAAGUGACAGUUCUGUGUUGGCCGCAUCCCUUUGGUGACCUUCUGCCCUGAAGAUAUUGCUCAACCCCAUAAACACCUGUGCUAUGAAAAAUCGUUUUUGCCAGAAUCCUGAUAAGAUUUGAACGAAGUGCACUGGAUGCAAGGGUACUACGUUUUGACACUGGGAUAUUGAAUUGCGUGUAUGGGAGUUGAUUAUAAAAAGGAAUAUCUAAGGGUGUUUUGGAUAAACCUGUUUAUUUGCUACUUCUGGUAUUCCUGCUUAGAAACAGCUGAUGGUCGUGAUUGUUUGUUGUGGGAAUGCAGAUGUGCGAAGUGGAACAAACCAAAAGAAUUGUCGUCUCAUUUUCUAGAGGAAUAAACUUGUGUAUUGCAGUUAACAGCUCCCUUGAUUCUGAAUCUUAAUUUCCAGGA